UCAGCACUACUCUACUUGAGCUGACUUCUGUUUCCUAUACAUCUAAACAAAACUAUAAUUUUACUUUUAAUUGCUCAGUAUUAAAUGUAGGCAAUACAUGCGGUGUAUUAAAAAACAAUCAGAGCAGAAAGGUUUCCGGUGCCACCGUCUUCCAGUUUCCCUAUUGCUCUUUCCAGGAUGAACCACUGUACCAGUUUAUUGUGUAUCUUCCGGAGACAGUCCCUAUAUACAGACAUAAUGCAACAUAUAAGCAUUAAGAAAAGAAAAAGAAAGAGAUUAAUAGCCGACCGCUUGACAUGUCCGGUUCCUAACUGUGGUAAUGAAGCAUGGUUACAUUGGCAAAUUUGAAAUCAUCGAUGAUCACAGAGCUGGAAAAAUUGUUGUGAACCUCACAGGCAGGCUUAAUCAACGUGGAGUGAUCAGCCCAGAUUUUACGUGCAACUCAAAGAUCUAGAAAAAUGGCAGAAUAACCUGCUCCUGUCCUAUCAGUUUGGUUUCAUUGUACUGACAACCUCAGCUGGUAUCAUGGAACAUGAAGAACCAAGACAAAAACAUACAGGAGGGAAAAUCCUUGGAUUCUUUUUUUUUUUUUAAGGGAUGUAAUACAUACAUGCAAAUAAAAUGCCUCAGUGGACUCUGAAAGAAAAAAUUAAAAAAAAAAGAGAAAGAAAACAGCUCCUACUUCUUAACAAGGGCACGGACAAAAGAACUUACGCAGCAAAGCAAAUAUUGUGGUUGAUCAGGUCGGGCCAGGGCAUGACAUGGAAUGGAUUUGUGAUGAAUGUCGAGGAUUCCAGGAAGAAGAGCCCCUUGCCUACCCUGCAGUCCGGAAGUCCCCAGAGUUGGAGGGGACUGAGCUCACUCUCGAAAGUUCUCCAGGCUUUGCAUAUGUCAAGAAAGAAGGCACUUUCUAGAGGAAGGAAAAGGCAGCCUGGAGUAGAGAAAGGAGAUCUUCCAUUAGCAUGCUGUGUAACCACAGGCAAGCCUUCCAGCCUCUGCAGUAUAAGAAGACGGACCAGAAGGAAGUUAGAACAGGAGUCAAGGGCACCAAUGUACGUAUCCACCAUAAAAGGGUGGUCUUCUGCAGCCUGUAAGAAAAUGCCUGUGAAGUGUGGCUCCCAGCGUGGCGCCAGGUGACUCAACAGGAGGCAGCAGGUCCCCUUGUGAGUGGCAGACCAGCCGGGUGGCUGGCGGCAGGACACCCGCGUCUGCAUGCUGAGGAAGAUGGGUGAGGCUGUGGCCAGAGUUGCAAGGAAGGUCAACGAGACGGUGGAGAGCGGCUCUGACACCCUGGGUCAUGGGCAAAGAAGUUGAAAAACACUGAGUGAGGGGUUCCAUCCACCGGAAGCCCGUCUGCCUGCUCUCAGACUGCCGAUGAUGCCAAAUCUGGCCGAGUGCAAGCUGGUUUCCUUCCCCAUCGGCAUCUAUAAGGUCCUGCGGAAUGUCACUGACCAGAUCCACCUCAUCACACUGGCCAACAACGAGCUCAAAUCCCUCACCAGCAAGUUCAUGACCACGUUCUGUCAGCUCAGAGAGCUCCGCCUGGAAGGGAACUUCCUGCACCGCCUCCCCAAUGAGGUCAACACCCUACAGCACCUCAAGGCCAUCGACCUGUCCCGGAACCAGUUCCAUGACUUCCCGGAGCAGCUCACCACCCUGCCUGCUCUGGAGACCAUCAAUCUGGAGGAGAACGAGAUCGUGGACGUGCCUGUGGAGAAGCUGGCUGCCAUGCCCGCCUUGCGCAGCGUCAACCUGCGCUUCAACCCACUGAACGCCGAGGUACGCGUCAUCGCCCCGCCACUCAUCAAGUUCGACAUGCUCAUGUCUCCAGAGGGUGCGCGGGCCCCCCCACGCUAGGCCUCCCUCCUCAUGCCCGCCCAGCAAGGGGCAGAGGCCACCUGGCCUGGUUACCUGAAAGGAGGGAGUCCCACAGGCCCAUGGGAGGCCAAGCUUGGGGGGCUGGGGGUGGGUGGGCUGAAUAGUGCAUGGCGGGAGGGGUGCAGCGGUCCAGGAUAGAUAGCAUAGAGCAGCAGUGGGCCCUGGGAUGCCCAGAGGCAGGAGGUGGGCAGGAGUCCAGACUCUGGGCAUUCACAACUUCUGUGCAAACCUGGGCAGAUCCUCACCUUCUCUGAGCCUUGUCAUUUAAGAAAAGGGGUGGCAGUGGGGGAACCUUUUCCUCCUUUGGGUUCCUUGGAGGUUUUGAGGGGAGCACAUGCCUCCAAGUUACCUUCAAAUCAUCGGUACCUUCUGGGCCCACGGAUGAGCAUCGCUGAACAUUUUCUGGGCCCCUGUGGGUUUUGAGGCCUUGUUUCUAAUGAUGAGAGCCAGCUGCUGCCCUGAGAGGGACAGAAGACAACCUCCAUCUAUUUAUUGCUUCCUGAGAACUGACCCAGAUGAGGCCCUCCACAGUGCCCCAUCUUCAGGCCUGUGGGUCCUUGGAUUGGUGGGAACUGGAACCAGGAGUUGUAGGAAAGCUGUGGAGAGAGUGUGGCCUGGCACUGCAUCAGGGUGGAGAAUGUUUGUGUAGGAGCCCAAGGACCAGCAGGCUGGACACUGAGGAGCAAAUCAAGUUAGCUCUGCCCUUCCUCGUGAUUAAGAAAUCGGCAGGGUAGGAAGCCCUAAAUGCUCCAUCCUUCCUUCUGGAGUGACUGCGUGUGCCUGGUGUCAGCCCUUGAGCUGCAGGAGAGGUGGCCCGGAGAGAAACAAAGCCAUCUGUGCCUGUGCCACCCUCAACACAGUGCCCCUCCAGCAGAAGUCUGGUUGCCUUGUCACUGAUCCACGUCGGGGCACUAUGGACCAUUGGAUUUGUGGCCGGCCAGCUCCCAGGCCACCACCCAAAGCCCUGAUGACUUAGUCAUCUUGGAGUCUAGGGUGUGGCCAGGCAAUAGGAUGACCAACCAUCUUGGUUUUCCCAGGACUGAAGGUUUUCCUGGGACAUGGGACUUUCAUAGCUAACACUGGGACAAUACCUGGUAAACAGGGGCAACUGGUCCCUAUACCAGGAAAGGACCUGGGGCUCUUGCUUCCUGACAACACCUGUGGUUUGGAGAACUCCUGACCCCUGGAUCAGCAGGUAUCUACCUCCCACCUUCUCAUCUGUGGAGCAAGCAGACUUGGAGCUCAGAGCCCACCAGGUCUGGUCUGUGGGAGACUCCUUAGGCCCUAGGACUUGGGGAAGCCAGGCCACCCAAAUCCUACAUCCAUGGGGCAGUGGCCACUUUUCUACUCCUAGGGUUAGGCUGUUCAUAGCUCAGACCACCGCUCAGAGCACUAACCCUUCCUCAGAAUGCUCCCAGUCCCAUUCCCCCUCCCCAGCUCUGAGGCCUGCCCCUGCCCAGGCCCCCUGUAUCUUGACAAGUGGCUGACAGGUUGGGCCAUUGUUGGUCCAUCAUUGAGCACUCAGUGUCCCAAGAGAUGCCUUGUUCACCCUGCUUGUCUCCCAAGGCCUCGUUGGUCAAGCUCUGGGAAAAGGGUUUCAGGGUAAGGAGGUCAAAACGAUUUCUAGGGCUUCCAAGUUCAGCCCUGGACACUGGGGACAAGUGCGCCUGCAGUCCAGCCCAGGCUGUCCUAGCCCCAUCCAACCUGUGUCUUGGCGUGGGGUUUCUCUUUGUUGAAGAAGGGGUGCGCUUUUCUGACACUCACAGAGGCACUGUAUGGCCAGAGCCUUGCAGCUCACGUGUGUCCUGUGGGCCAGCAGCAUGGGCAUCCAGAGGAGCUCAUUGGAAAUGCAGAAUCCCAGGCCUCACUUUAGCGCUCCAGAAUCAGAACCUGCAUUUCAAAAGAUCGCCAGGUUAUUCCUGCAAGCACUUUACUGUUUGAGAAGCAAGGGCCUGGCGGUGACCCUGGGGAUGUCCUCAGAGCGGAGGGCGAAGGUUCUCAGCUCUCCCCCUGCAAUGCCAGGGCUCUUAGUCUGUGCUCAUCCCCCUCCCUAAACCAGCCCCCAGAGACCCUGGCCUCUUAGAUCUCUUCAGAGUCUGCAUGGCACUCCCACUGAAGGGACUGACCCAAAGCCACAGGAGAUGAAGGCUAGGUUUGCCCCGCCCUCUGGAACCUUGACUUUCUGGGUAACCUCUGCAUGCCCAGCUGCUGCUUCCCCAGGUCCUCACCACAGGCCCUUUGAAGGGGUUGCUUCUGGAAGCUGUCUUCCACUCUGCUUGGAGAGUUUGCCCUUGGGCAGGCAGAGAAGCCCCCAAGUCAGAGCCCACUGUGUGAGUGAGCCCUUAGCUUCAGUCUGCAAUAAAGAACGCCUUGGUUUCA